GACCCGCGCCGGCCUAGGGAAGUCCGGCUGAGAGCAGCGUGGCGGCGGGAACGGCCGCGAUGCAGCCCGAGCGUGGCAGCAAGCCCCAAAGGGAAGGGGCCCGGCAAAAUCGGAGGCGGCCCGGCGGCAGGGAAAAACAGGCAGAAGUCGCUGGAGGUAGCGGCGAGGCUGGCCACCACCGAGGAGGCGGGAGCCGCGGCAGAGGGGGAAGAGGCGGGGGGCACGGCAGGCGAGACGCUCGUGGCCGAGGAGCCGCCGCGCCUCCCUCCGCUUCUCGAUGUGAUCAGUCGGCUGCUGUUGAUCUUGAAUUGCAAGAACAGGAAAAAGAACAAGGGAGUUUCUCAAAAAGAAAGAUAGUUUCCAACUGGCAUCGUUAUGAAGACAUUGAGAAAGAAACACAAAAUGAUAGUAGUGAAUCUCAGCGUGGGACAGACUUUAGUGUUCUCCUUAGCUCAGCAGGUGAUUCCUUUACCCAGUUCAGAUUUACUGAAGAAAAGGAAUGGACCGCAGAAAACCUUUCCCCAAAGCAGCUGUCAGGAUUGUAUGUGGACUGUCAAUCCUUGGUCCAGGCACUUGAGGAACUGCCCCUGCAUCUCAAACUGAAUGUUGCUGCUGAACUGGUACAGGAUGCAACACCUGUAGCACUCCCCCAGAUUAAGCAGAAAAGUAACCCUAUUCCCAUGAGAGGCAGCGGUCCAUUGCAGCAGCCCAUGGGGCAGAAUAGAGUUGCACUGAGCCCUUAUCCUGCUGAAGACUUUGUGACCCAUUUGAUGCUGCCAAACAAAGAUGGUCUUGGAAUUUCUUCAGAGGCCCCUCAGAAAAGCCCUUCAGUUUCAUAUCAAGAAACAGAUGAUUUAGAUGAAGAUCUUGAUCUACUUCUGAAAUUAGAUGCCCCUGUUAAUCCUGGAAAUAACCUUGCAUUGGAAAUGACAUCCCAUGAUAAAGCUGCUGGAGAUGAUUUGAACAUGUCUCAUGAAAAAAAUGAACUGGAUGGAACUGAAGAAGUUCACUCAGCAUCUCAACAGCAGGAAGUUACAUCCAAAAAUAUUACUGAGGAGGAGCUUGAAGACUGGUUAGACAGCAUGAUCUCCUAAGGCCUGUAUUUUGGUUGUCAUACAAGUAACUCAAGAAUAAACUAACUUGGCAGUAGCUAGGUAUAAAAUAUCUAUUUACAAAUAGCUGCUUCAUCUUGAAUGUUACAUGUAGUUAUGCUUCAUAUGUAGUUAUAUUUUCCAGACAAAAGAGUUCUUUGCACCCAAGUGUCUAAAGAAAUGUAAUAAAAUUUGAAAUUCUUUGAAGGUGGCUUUGGCUGCAAAUGAAUACAUACAAUGGAACAAUUUUGGUUUUGCAAAAUAAAAUAGUGCUAAUAUAUAUGGUUGUGUAUAGAUGAUAUAGUUUGUGGUGUGACUUCUGUUAGGUGCAUAAUUCAAAGAAAUAUGAUGAACAUGGAAGUUUUGUUUUGUAAAUUCUUUAUUGCACUGGAUAUUUUUAUUAGAAAGAAAAAUGCAUAAACAUGGCAAUAGUACCACUAAUUUACCAAAAAGCAUCAAUUUUAUUUGGCCUAAAAUUUAAUUUUGUAAGGUUGUGAGACAGUGUUUUAAUCAGCUGCAUCUAAUAAGCUGUUCUGGACCAGAUAUAUGACUAAUCUUCAAGUAUCUCAUACAGUAAGACAGGAAAGCAACACAACUAAUUAACAAAAAUGUCAAUCUAAAAGGCCAACAUUAAAAAAAAUUGCAUAGCUAUGUCUGCAAGGUUUAAGGCACUUAAUUAGGAUUUUAGGGACAAUAAAGAUUUCAAAAGUUUUACACAUUGAAGUAUUUAAAACUUUCUACUGCUAUUGUUUACUAAGAAAUGACAUGGGGGCUGUCAAUAUUUCAAUAUAUCAUAACAUGACUCAACAACUGUGGCAUUGUCACUUGACAACUUAACUUUUUUAAGUUGCAGAUGUUGUGUAUGUAAAUUAUAUAGCCCUUUCAACUACACUGUUUCCUAUUCCACAAGGUUUGAGAUAAGCACAUAUCAUUUCUGAACCAGAAAAUGGAAUUGAAAUAUUUAAGCAUUUUUGUAUUUUUCCAAUAAGGUCUGCUUCUGCUAGAUGCAAAAAGCCCAGUUUGAAUCAUCAAAAAUCAAGCAAAUUACAUAACAGUAUGGAGGGAUUAAACAGAUGCAAUGUCUAUAUUAGGCCAUUGAAUGGCAAGGGUUUUUUUGUUUUGAUGUUGUUGAGUGCAAUAUUUCAUUUGUUGAUAAGUUUAUCCAAGUUGAUCUUCAUACUGUUUACGAAAGCAAUCUCCAGCUGGGAAGAAAUCCCAGCAUCUUUCUUGAUACAUUUUCCACACAUAUGACUCCUGCAAGACAAGUAUUUUUCAAUGUUUGAAAAAAAUCCAUGGAGAAAAUCUGUUUCCCUGUGAUUAUAUCUAUUCCAAGAUAUGUAAAGUUUCCACAGGCAACUUCUGUUAUUAGAUAGCAGUUCCAGAAAGGGAGCUGCUAUCUAAUACCAUUCUGGAUACCAUUCCAGAAAGGGAGUGUGCCAAUGAGCAGGGAAGAAAAGAGAAGGGUGUGGAACCACAACCAUCUGCAUGGCCAUUCCUACCCCCAAGAAGCAGAACAUGCCUCUAAAGCCAUCUAUAUCUAAAGAUCUGUCAUUCCUUCUGCUAGAAUAGGCAAGGAUAGGUCUAUUGUUGGAGCCCUCUCUCUCUCUAGUCAGCCCAGUUGGAUUGUGCUCAGUUUAUGCUAAGUUGGUUUGAUUGAGUAUUGCUGAAAAUAGCUAUGGUAACUGGCUUAUUUUAAUUCUAGUAGCUUACACGUUCAAGAUAAACUCACUUGAGUGCCUCAUCAUCCACUUGAGUAAAAAGCAGUUUAUGAAUUUGUAGCUUUGGUAGAAUUUAAAAUCUUCAAGAACUAUGUAAAAAUCAUGUUGUCAAAUGAGAAUAACUUAAAAUCUUAGGUGAGAGCUUGUUCAGGCACCUUUUUGUGGUUUUGUUUGGUGUUUGCUAACAUGAGUUGUACCAGUACCCCCUGCAUUACUUAUUUGUGUAUGCAGCUGUAAUGCGCAUCAAGACCACACAAGUUGUGCCGAGGCUCAGCUGUCUUGUACUGAGAUUUAUGUACCACCAUCCUGCCACCCCUUCCUUCUGUCCUUCCCUCCCUAUUCCAUCUCCUAAAUUCACCCUUAUCUGGAUUGAUGAUCCUAUUUUGCUCUCACAGGUCUUGUUCACUAUUAGAUGCAGUAAUUAAUGUAUACCUACUUGUCCAGUGUGUUCAGUUUCAUCCUUAUUAAUGAGAUACAUCAGAAAGAACCUAGAAGAAGAAUAUGAAACUACACAUGAUGUUUUAACUGUAGAGUCCUGUUUAUGUUUCUUGAAGUAGCUAAAAAGGAAAUGUCUUAAACUUCAUUUGCUGGUUCAUUACUGAAAGCCUCCCCAUCUUCUAAUAUUUAUAAAAGUCCUUAAAAUAUAUUGGACAUUAAUAAAGGUAAAACUAAACAGGUCUAUGUCCACAGGUUCACAGUCCAAAUAAAGCUGACAUAUCCAAUAAGAAAUACAAAAAGAGGAAAAGCAAAUAAUUCAUGGGUAAAUGAAACAGAUCUACUGAAUCAAAUCCAAAGCCCUGCCAGCUUGCUGCAAUCAGGUCAAAGUGGUGAUGGCUUUCUAUUUUUCCUUUCAGAUUAUUCUCUUUUCAUCAAUCAACUUCAUUUCAGGGCCUUUUUAGGGGCAUGUUGCAGAACCAAGGAAGCAUGAGAUCUGCAUAUCUAUGGCAUUACCUGACAUUCCCCACUUCAGCCCCCACUGGUAGCAGAAAGUCAGAUUGCUUACCUCUAAUUUUUUUCAAGUGGUCAUCUGUGCAUUCACAGAUGACCACUUGAAAUUAUAACCCUAGAAGUCGAAGUCUUAACCCUUUCCUCACCCAUGGAAGCCAGGGAGCCUGUUUUAUGUUACAGAGCUGCCACCCUCUCCUGCUGGUAUAUAAGGAAGGGCUCUCACCAUUUUCCCAGUUCAAGGGGACCAGCAUUUUGCCCUCAGAACCAGGAAGGAAGGGCUGGUCAUGGCUCAACCCAUACCAAUCCAUUAUGGAUCUUUAGAAGGGGAAAAAGGGUAUAGAAGAUCAGGAAUGUUGUUAGCACUCUCACAGAGCCAGUAGUUGGGUUGUAUGAAUGCACAGGGGACCACUUGAAGAACAUCAGUUACAAGUAAGCAACCUGUACUUUCUUUUUCAUGGUCUCUGUGCAUCACACAUGUGGGCAAUCAGCGAGUUUACAUUUGAGUGGAGGUGGUGAGGUAUCAGUGGAGGACCACUUGACCAAAGGCACAGUCUUGUCUGGCACAGACAUCAAGCCAGUGCUGUUGGAUACAGCUUGAUGGAUGGACCACGUAGCUGCUCUGCAUAGCUCUUGUAGUGAAAUGCCAGCAUGCAGUGUCAUAAAUGUCACCAUUGCUCUUGUAGAAUGUGCUAUUGGUUGGUCAGGUACUUGUAGCCCAGCCAGUCAGGCUAGUUUGAUAGCCUCAGUGAUACAGUGGACAAGUUGCUGAAUACUGAUAGGUUUGCCUUUUGAUCAUUUACUGUAUGAUAAAAAGUCUGUGACUGGCAGAAGGACUUUGUUUGGGACCAAUCGAAUACUAGUGCUCUUUGCACACUGAGGGCAUGAAGAGCCAAUUCCACCUGAUUUAGGUAGAAGUGACUUUUGGCUGAUUAAUGGCAAACUGCUUUGUCCUUAUGAAAAAAUAAGGAAUGGUGGGUCAAUCUGUAACUAUUUGCUUGCUCUUCUGGCUGAUGUAAUCACUACUAAUGUGACCUUACAGGAGAGAAGAUGUAGAUCCACAGUGGCCAGGGAUUCAAAUGAGGGUCUUGUGAGCUCUUGAAGAACCACUGAUAGGCUCCAUCCAAGCACAAUGGAACAAAUGGGAGGUGUAAGGUUGUGCAGACAUCUGAGGAACCGACGGGAUAGAGGAUGUGAGAAGAUGGAAAAAAUUUUGACCAUCUUGUGGAAAGCAGGGAUUGCCUCCAAAUAGACUUUGUUUCAGGCCCUUGUAGUGGAGUGAGUGUAGGAACUUGAGGAUUUAUUGAUCAUCUGGUGUGGAUCCAAGUUUUCUCCUUGAGCAAAAGUCACAAAUCUGUUCCAUUUGGUGUUACAGGAACGCCAUGUGUUCAGCUGUAAUGCUAUAUCUAGGACCAAACUGAUUGGAUCUUGGGAAAAAUGGGGCUUCUAAAGUUAUUGGCUGACCUUCCAUGCCAUCAGCUGGAUGGUCCCAACAUCCAGAUGCAAGAUUAUUCCUUAGUCCCAAGAGAUAAUGUCUGGUCACGUCAGCAGGCAGAUGAAGGUUUGAUUUGAUAGAAACAGGUGGGUGAACCUUGCCUUUUGUGGCCACCACAGGAUGAAGGAGGUAUUUCCUCUCUAGAUCUUCACCAGCAUCCUGAAGGGAAUCGUGGGAACAGGUAGAAAAACAUCCCUUCCCGUCAGAGAAGGAAUGCAUCUUCCAGCAAACCGUGGCUGACCCUGGCAUGGGAGCAGAACAUCUUGCAUACUGCAUUGGCUGGCAUUGUAAAAAGGUCCACAGAAGUGAUCCACCAGAGCUACAAGAGCUGUUUUAAGAUGUCUGGGUGGAGUUCCUAUGUGUGAGUCUCUUUGGACCUCUUGCUUAAGUCAUCUGCUGUGGUAUUUUGGGUCUUGACUAGAUCAAUGGCCAUGAUGGUGAUGCUGUGUUGCAGACAACAGUCCCAGAUGAGUAAUGUGAAACAGGGAGAUGCAGACCUUGUGCCACCUUUAUUAUUCAGAUAGAACACCAUCAUAGUGUUUGAGGCAUCUGAAUGUGCUUGCCUUUCAGGAUGGGCUGGAAGACAAUCAAAGCCUUCUGGACCAUGAGAAGCUCAAGGUAACUGAUGUGAUUUGAGUAAUCCCAAUCAGCCCACAAUCUAGUAAUACCGGGCUCGAGCUGGGGCCAUAGAGCACAAUUGAUCAAUGCCACUGCUCUGUCUGUAGGAAGGUAAGCCCAUUAAGAAAUCCAGUGUUGUCCCAGUGUGGAGGAUUGACUGGGAGGUGAGAAGUACAGAUUGUUAAUUGUGCAUUUUUAAUGCACACUUUCAGAAUAGUUUGCAUGUUCUUCCCAGGAUGGAACAACAGUAGCCAGUCAUCCAGAUAAGGAAGAACCUGAAUUCCUGGCCAUACCCUUGGUGCAGACUCGAGGGGCUCUGGAAAGGCUGAACAGAACCAUUGGUUCCGAUGGGGAACUGGAGAAAAUGCCAAUAGUCUUGAUGAAUAGACACAUGGAAAUAUGUGACCUUCAGAUUAAUCGAGGUGAACCGGUCCCCUUGGCACAUCAAUGGCAGAAGUUUCUGCAGCAAGACCAUGCAGAAUUUCUUGUGGGGGUAUAAUAGUUCAUGUCUCACAGGUCUAACAUGGAGUGGAGGCCACUGUCCUUAGGAAUGAGGAAGUACCACCAAAACAGGAACUGGAUGGAGAAACAAGUCAGAUUAUCCCCUUACAAGUCAGAACAUGGCAACCUCCACAGUCAAAGUGGGAGAGCAGACUGUAGUUCAUAUGGUUCUGAGAGGUGGAAAGAUUAUAUGCAGUAUCCAUUCUCCACAAUGGAGAGGACUCACCGAUAUGUCAUUAUGGAUUGCCAUUUGUGAAGAUGAUCAGGCAGCCUUUGGACCAGACUUGUGCCAAUGGAAUGGGACUGGCUGAUGGUGGUAGUCAGUGGCAUUGCCUCUCAAUCUGCAUCUCUUGUUAGGCUGCUGGAAACGGAAGGCAUCUCAUUGGUGCAUGGAAAGAUGGUAUUGACCCUGGCUCACAUGCCCUUGAUAGUUGAGAUGGAACAAAACUCCCCCUCCCACACCCACCGCUGCUAUUGCUCUAGGCUUCUGGAUACUAUUCAGUUUCUCAUUGGUUCAUGUAUUGAAGAGUCCUUCUCUGUCAAAAGAUAGCUCUUCAAUACAGGACUGUUAUCUCUUUGAAAAGGCUAGCUGCCUGAAGCCAGGUGUGUUGCCAAAUUACCACUACACAAAUUGUCACAAAGUGCCCUGGAAUCACAAUUGAUGCAGUGAUGAACAGUAUAAUUUGCUACCUUAAUGUUGAAGGGCCUCUGCCUGGAAUACCCUAGCCAGUUCGCGGUGUUGUUCCAGAAGGAACUCAGGGCAUCCAUCUUCUCCCAUAGGAAGACUUGAUAUCUUCUCAUGGUGCCCUCAUAGAUUGAUACCUGAAGAUCUAGUCCCAUUGCUGCAUAGACCCUCCACACAAUGGCGUCCAGGCAGUGUCCCUCUCAGUCAGCUGGAGUGGUGUGCUCCCUCUAUGUCUGACCCUGUGCUGACUAUACAGUGACUGAGUUCAGCGGUAGAUGGUAGAGCAGGAAUGGGAUGUCCCUCUUCUGGACCUGGUAAAGCUCUCCAAAUGUUGGCUGUGGCUGUAUUGGGGCCUUUCACAGUUUCUUCCUGCUGUGAAGUAGUGUGGGAAGGAACAUAAUGGUCACCAGCACAGCUUUCCCCAUCCAGAUGAUGUUGGAGACUAGAUCUACCAGUGGCUCAGUGAGGCAGUGGAACCGGACCAGAGUGGAGGCAGUGGAACUGUCAGCAUGGACAUCUAUGGUCCCCACAGUUUCAUCAAGUGGUAAGGAGACCACUGAUGGAUCCUUUCAACAUGGUGGGACAGUUCCACUGGUGGUGGCAGUGCCCAGUAUGGUUCUCAAACCCAGGCUAUCUUUGGUGGUCAGUGACUCAAGGCUUGGGAUGUUGUUGGAGAGAUCAUCCUAUGCGAUGGACAAGCUACUGGGCUGGACAGUAGCAUCCUGGGACAGUAGCAUUUCAGAUGCAGAUACCGAGUGUGCCUUGGUGGAGACAUAGGAGGAAGGCUGGUUGGCAUAGAGGGUGAGGAAUCCCAUAUUUCGCCCUUGGAGAAAGAUGAAACAGCAGCUUCACUCUGUGCCAUUGAACCAGAUGAGGGAGCCAUCAUUGGAACCACUGCUAGGAUUAAUGGUCAACCCAGCACUGGAACCAUGGUCAGAGCUGCUGGCAGAACAGUGGCGUGAGCCCUUCCAAGGCUGAAGGUUAAUGGUGUCAGGCCUGUUUUGGGGGCUAUUCCUUGCCCUUUCUGAGCACUAUUUUCUCAGUGGCCACUAUUGUGCAUGCCCUUUUGGCUUUCCUCUUAAGGUUGUGGAGCCCCAGCAGCUGCUGGUGGGACUUCAGAUGUGUAGGCCACCCAUGAAGAUGUUGGGUGUUCAGGUGAGGCCAUUGUCUCCAAUUCCACAGCCAUAAGGGUGUGGCACCACGAUUAUAUUUUGAGAUGGCUGGUUCAAUUCUUGCAAGCCUGUCUGGUAAAUGGCUGCCAAUGAGGGCAGUAAUCUACCCUGUGGUUUUCUCCCACGCCAAAAAGGGCACAGAGAGUGCCUGCCCAUCACUGGCAUUUUCACCAUGCUUUGAAUGCCAAUCAGGGAGAGAAAAAAGGUGAAUUAAAAAGAAAAAUAGUUCAGGUGAAUAGUUCAAAAAGAGAUGGAUGAUAUGAAAGGGGUUGUUUUUUUGUGAAUAAGGGUAGGAACAAAGUAUGGAGGUAGAAAGUGAGCAAAAGUGAUACUUUUGGAGUAGAUAGAAGGAAAAUACGAGAUUUUGCUUAGGUUAAAGAUGCUAGGAACAGGUCCAAGGCACCCAAAAUGGUGAUCAGAAAAGAACUGGGGAAAUAGCUGGAGCCCUGCCCUUAUAUAUUAGUGGGAGGGGCUGUGGCUCUCACCAAAAUGAGCUUAUUAAGGAAAAUCUGACAACAGGCCCCACGCAGAAACAGUGCCCAUAUGUGUGAUGCAUGGAGACCACAAAGAACACCACUGUUGUGUAAGUUUUCUACUGCCACAUCAGAGGACCCUCGUUUUGUGGACAUGACUUCCUAAUGGUGGCCUUCAGAGCAGCCUUUCAGGGAGCUUAAAAUUGCUCCCUAAGGCUGCUAUCCUAUACAUACUUAUCUGGGAGUAUCACAUGAAACUCAGUAGGAUUUAUCUCUGAAGAGCCAUACAUGUAAUAGCUCUGUAAAACAGAACUAACCAAGUUUCAUUUGCUGAAAAGCCACAUAAUGACAUUUAUAUUACUAACACAGAUGAGCAUAAUAUAUACUCACAAAUAGUUGGCCAAGUUGUGCUCUUGUAAAGUAUGCAUUUCAAACCCAUGGGGUGUUGUGUCAAAAUAGUCAUUACCAAUUCCACAAAUAAAACAUUUGGUCUAGAAACAAAAAAGACAUUUAAAUCAAAUACAUAUUAUAUUUGAUUCUUAUGAGUAAUUACUUUAGAAAAACAAUGCAAAUCAGUAUAGGCUUGUUAAUACCUCCAUGUCUUCUUUAACUUGCUCCUGUUGGUCCCUUAAUUCACCAAAGGCAUCAAUAAUCAGACCUAUGUUUGAGUGGAGUUGAAACAGAAGUAUAAAGAAUGAAACUACCCACAUUUUUGAAAAAAAAACCACUUGUUCCAUUUGUACUCUUGACAAUUAAAAAGUAUUGUUUAAAA